AUGCACUCGCGUCGACCCGAGACUUUGAAGAUUGACAUCUCUAAGUCUAGGGGAGUCGAAGAGGACUCCCUCUUGAGAUGGUUCGUCGAAUUGGAUGACGCCAUAAGGGCGCGUCGCAUCGACGAAGGGGAAAUGCAAGUUGCAUUUGCCCAGUCAAAUCUGGAAGGACGUGCCAAGACUUGGGCACUGGGGCUCAAGUUGCACGACCCAUAUGCGUUUGGGUCGUUGGAAGUCUUCAAGUCGCGGCUCAGACAAACGUUUGAACCGCCUAGAGCUGAGUUCAGAGCUCGAACUGAACUCUUGAAGCUCAAGCAGGGUAAACGUGAUGUGCACGAUUACGCGCAACAUAUACGACAUCUUACGAGUUGUAUAAGUUCCAAUCCGGUGGAUGAACACACGUUGGUUUCGGUGUUCAUGCAGGGUCUUGCGGAUGGUCCCGUCAAGACUCACCUGUUCCGACUUGAACUAGAUUCACUAGAACAAGCCAUUUCCAUUGCGGAACAGGAAGACUUCAGUCUGAGACAGGCUUGCGCAAGCUCGACAUCAUAUCGUCAACCGAGACGAUAUGACAGCGGAGGUCCAGAGCCGAUGGAACUCUGUUAUGUAGAGAGCGAGAAGGCUCUCUCUACAGACUACAAGAAGUUGCAGAAAUGCAACAGAUGCCAGAAGACAGGACACUACGCUUACGAGUGUAGUGCCCCUCAUCCAGUGUCUCGCAACACUGGGCGUAGUGACCGUCCACCCACGAGAAAGGGGCAGGGACGCGGGUCCGCUGUUGGUGCAUAG